CUGUAUGAAUGAAAUAUUGAAUAUGUAAAAAGCGGUAAAUUGGAUAGUUUGAUAAUAUGAUAUAGUUUAAACAAAACUGCUAGAGCGGAAAACAUAUCUUGAAAUCUUUAUACAGAUCUGUUAAUUUUACGAUUUAACUGCACACGAGAAGUUAUCAAUUGUUUAUUAUUUCAGAAACUAAAUAACGGUUUAGAUUUAACAGAGAAUUGCAGUUUUGCUAGAAAGCCCGAAAAUAUAGCAUUGAACAGGUAUAACGGGAUAUACCCCUAUAACCAUUCCAGAGUGACUAUACCUGGUCAACCGGCAUUCUUCAUCAACGCUUGUUACAUCGAUGGUUACAACAGAAGGAAGGCUUAUAUUGCCUCUCUAGGCCCUACUGCAAAGACUACAGAUACUUUCUUGACAUUCUGGCUUAUGGUUUGGAAUGAGAAAUCUGAUAUCAUUGUGAUGCUGACUAAUCUCAGUGAAGCUACGGGCAUGAAGUGUGAGAAGUACUGGCCAGAAACGGACGCGGAGGAGUUGUAUGGACAAGUUAAAGUGAAAUGUCUGAGUAUAGAAAAAUAUGCUGAAUACACAGUCAGAACUUUCACAGUUUCAAAGGGCAAAGAAGAGAGAAACCUACUGCAGCUACAUUACACGGCAUGGCCUGAUAAAGGUGUACCGCUAGAGGUUACAAGUCUUGUAGAAUUCCGACAAAGAGUGAAGGCAGUCCCGGUCACCUUAGGUGGACCAGUUAUAGUCCAUUGCAGUGCUGGCGUAGGUAGAACUGGAACUUAUAUUGCUCUAGACCAGCUUACAGAGGAAGGCAAAUGUGAAGGAUCUGUUGAUGUAUUCAACUGUGUGAACAGAAUGAGGGAGCAAAGGGUCAAUAUGGUCCAGACAGCUGAGCAGUACACAUUUCUUCACAAAUCGCUGGUACACUCACUUUCUUUCGGUUGCGAGGCACUGACAGCUGAGCAGAUACAAAGAAUUAUGUACGAGACAGAUGACAGGAUGUUCACAAAGAUUUAUCAGACAUUACGACAGGAAGUUGACACCGAGAGCAAAGACGACACCGAAGCACGUGCAGAAAAUAAAAAGAAGUAUAAGGAUAAGAACCGACGGCAUUCUGAUAUACCUGUUGACGGCAGUCGAGUACGUCUGUACCUUUCUAGGAAAGAUGGACAGCAUGACUACAUCAACGCUGUUUUCAUAAAUAGUUUCGAAAUCAAGAACCUGUUUAUUGCUGCUCAGUCUCCACUUCCACGGACUACUGAAGACUUUCUCAGUAUGGUUUAUCAACAAAACAGUACAUGUGUUGUUGCAUUGGAGGAGCCACGCUAUAAAAGCAAUGACGUUGGAAAAUAUCUUCCUGCUGAUAAUGAGACUUACACAUUUGGACAUUCUAUUGUUACAAGCUCAAAGUGUGAGACGAAAUCACAGUAUGUCUUAAAGAAAUUGUCCAUUCAACACGAGAUGAAGGGCGAGGAGAAAACAGUUUAUCACUUCCAGUACAACAACUGGGGAAAUUCGGAGAAUGUCCCAGACAGCGCGGAAGAAUUUGUCCACUUCAUAAAAGAAAUAGAAAAAUUCAUAGGCCAACAAACUGAAGAUACGCCUCAUUUAGUAGUCCACUGCUUAAACGGCUACGAAAGGUCUGGGCUAUUUUGUGUCGUGUACAAACUGCUGGAGAAACUGGAGGCAGAGCGACAAGUCAGUGUAGUGAAUACUGUGAGGAAAAUCAGAACACAUCGGAAACAGUCUAUAACAUCUGUGGAACAACUCAAGUUUUGCUAUCAAUGUGUUGCUGCCUACCUGGAAAUAUACAACAUCUACUCAAACUUCGCUACAUGAGAAAUCAAUACUUUAAAGGAUUUAAAACCAGAAAGAUUUAAUAGUCAAUCCACGAUAAACACUUGUGACACUAUACCAAUGAUUUCAUUUGCUCUCUUAAUCUAUGCUGUACAUAUUAAUUAUUUUCUUACGGCUGGUUUACUAUACCAUAUACCAUACUAAUCUCUUUUGUACAUAUGGUUUGCACAGGAAACAUUUUUCCUAUAAAUGAAAUUAUUUUGCUUUAUUGAUUAUUAAACAUUGACUGUAUAUAUUAACUACAUCAUUGAAAUCAUUAUGCAUUGAACGUUAAGUUACUGAAUGUGAAAGGGGAACCCGUGUAACGGAGCUAUUUCUUUAAAACAAGAACUAACUAGAAUGUAUUUAAAAUUCUAUCAUGCUUGUCUCUGUAAAAACACUCUUACGCUCUAAUGACGUCACGUUAACGUGCUAUGACGUCAAAGAUUGUUGCGACCAAGAAAUAGCUCUUCUAUAUUUUAUCUACUGUUUUAGAUUAAGGGGAUAUUAGAAUCGAAAUAAUUUAUAGAAAACCGUGUUUUAACACUAUUUAUACACUCGGGCGAUAAUACGUCGUACAAAUAAUUUCGUACAAAUUAUUACACCCGGCGUACAACAACCCAUCAUGCAUAAAUAGUGUUUAAACACUACAUGGUUUGCUCAUAUUCUGAAAUAAGCAAUUAGAAUUUUGAUAAAUAAUAGAGAUAAUCUAACAAUAUUUUAAGGCAAUAGAAUCAAGAUACAUAAAACAGUACUGUUUAAACAGGAAAACAAUACAGGUGCUUUUUCCUACUCGAGGUGAUAACGUUUGUGUGAAUAACUUUACCAACAUGUUGUGUAGCACGUAAAAUGUCAUUCUGUACUUAUUUGUAUCAUUUCUGGUCUUUUAAGGAUUACUGAGUCCAUUCAAUGAAUAGUUGUUUUUUGUCCACUUAAUAUAUUCCAGGGUAGUGACGUGAUAGGUGUUGCACAAUACAUUCUCAAGAACAGUGUCUGCUAUUACUUCGACUUGUUGUUUCUUUUCCACACUAUAUAGUGUUUAACAACAGGUACAAUACUCUUUCUAAUUCUAAGUAAUUCUAAGUCAUUGUUACCGUUACCUCCCCUAAUCACUUCCACAAAAGCAUUUUUUGUGUUUAUGUAUUUGUUUCUUAUGUUAGCUGUGCGUAUAUGUUUUAUAAACCGUUAGCAUAAAAAAGGUUCUGUAACAAGGUGGUUAUUUCUGUCAUCAUAGAAUUAUAUAUCCAGGU